GCAACGUGGCUUAUUUAUGUUUUUACAGAAGUGUCAAAAGUGUUUGUCAAAUUUUUGUGGAUUCAUGUGGUUUUUGUUAUCAUUUUAAACAACGGAGAACCUUUCAUGUUUGUUAAUAUGAAAUGGUACCUCUUGUCGAACCGCGACGACACGUACGAUUCGAUCGAACCAUCUUUUGUCAGACAACAAACCGUCUGAUUUAAUGCCCUCCACCACCAACACAAAUGCAUUUUCACAAAAUGGGUGACGACACAUUCCUCCAUCCAAGCCAAUUGGACUCAGUCGACCUCACCUUGUCCGAUGGGUGCAACAGUGUGUUGUUAAUCAAUGAAAGUGAAGAACUGUUCUGUAACAAUGAAAAAGAAUUUGUUAGGCAGCUCAAGCUGCCUGAGGACAAGAGAGUGAAAGUGGUGGCUAUUUUUGGCAACACCGGUGAGGGAAAAUCAUACACACUCAAUCAGACUUUUUUUGAUGGAGAGAGGGUGUUUAAAACGUCCCCGGCACAGAACCCAUGCAAUAUUGGAGUGUGGGCUAAAUAUGAUCCCAAGUUGAAUGUGAUAUGUUUGGAUACUGAAGGAAUGCUAGGUAUUACGCGCAAGAACCAGCAACGCACUCGUCUCCUGCUGAAGAUCCUCGCCAUCUCAGACAUCGUGAUUUAUCAGACGCGUGCGCCACGCCUCCACACCGACAUGUACUCGUUCCUGCACGGCGCCUCGCAGGCCUACAACAAACACUUCAGCCACACUCUCACCAAGGUGCUGGAGGAGGCGGACACCGCGAUGGAGGUGAACUCGCUGGGACCGGCGGUCAUCGUGUUCCACGAGACGCAACACACGGACACUUUAGAUGAAGGCAGCACUGUGAUGGAGUCCGCCGAGGAAAAACUGCGGGGCACGUUCAAGGAGCUGGGCUUGGACAUCAGCGCCUUCAGUUCGGUCAAGUACGUCGGCCUCAAGUCGCUUCAUCAGCCCACCAAGUUUGAGAAGCUCAGGGACGCUCUGAAGAAGGAGUUGGAGAGCAACGACGUGCGCACGCCCAGGAAACCAAUGUACAUUUAUUUGAUGUUGAAGAGUCUGAACGACAAGUUUCGUAAUGCACUGUCGGAAACGUCGCCGGACGUGUACUGGUCGUCGUUCUUUACGUGCCAAGAGAAGUGCCAGUCCUGCAAAACUGGUUGCACGCUUUCGAUGGGCCACAAAGAGGAAGGCGAGCCGCACUCCAGUCCGGAGAAGUGCCAGUUCCAGUAUCAGUUUCAAAACGCCGUCGAUUUGUGCAAAAUGUGUUUGAAGAGGGGCAUCAAAAACGUGGUGAAACGCAGUUACCAGUCGGCCAAUGAAAGUUCUUGGUCGUCUUAUUUGAACUACGUUUGGUCUGGGUACAUUCUGGAGUGUCCUAGGUGCGGGGAGAUUUACAGAAGCCGCCAGCAUUGGUACGGCAACAAAACGCCUGAAGAAUGUGGCGUCGUUGAUCAGGAGAAUGUACAUAUUUGGUCUGGAGAUAAAAUGUAUUUUCAGGAACGCACCCUAUUCGGAUCUCAAAACACGGCCCAGAAGGUGAUCGACAGUGUGUCAUCGUUCUCGGACGUGGUCGCAAGCGUCGGAUCUCAACCCACCCAGGUAUUGGGUGAAUGGAUGACUGACAAGAUUAAUCCCAGUUUUUGGCGACCUAACCACGAAAUAAAGGCUUGCUUCAGGUGUCAGAAAACGUUCCUACCCCUUCAAAAAAAGCACCACUGUCGCGCCUGCGGCGAAGGCUUUUGCGGGGAUUGUUCGUCGAAGCGGCAGACGGUACCCAGUAAGGGUUGGCACCAGGAAGUACGCGUCUGCGACGGCUGCUAUCGCGAGGAACCGCCUAGCUUAAGUCACGCCACCGACGGCACCGAGAACAGGGCCAGGGUGAUCGGUGAAACUGUGAUGAGUUCAAUGUCGGCGGUUAAAUCCGUGCUGAACGUCUCGAAGGACUUCAUCAAGGAUUCGGUGCGUCCGGCGUACUGGACGCCGGACAGCGAGUGCGUGCGGUGCUGCGUCUGCGAGAAACCUUUCGACGACAAAAGGAUCUUGCACCACUGCAGGGAUUGCGGCAAGGGGGUUUGCGAUGUUUGCUCUCAGAACAGGAGGUCCGUGCCGUUGCGUGGGUGGACCACGCCGGUACGCGUUUGUAACAAUUGCUGCUGCUGACAACGCAGCUAGUGCCGCCAGGUACAUUUUUAUAUACUCGUAUGUUAUUAAUAAAAGUUUUUGCUAGUGAGUUAUAUAUUUUAUAUUAUCAGUUUUUGGUGCAAUAUAUAUUCUUUAUUCGUACUUGUUAUUUGAGAAUUUUUUGAGAAUUAUAGAGAUGCUGUAACAAG